UCGCCAUGCCUUCGUCUCUAGGAGGGGUGGAGUCGUGGAGGAGCAGCCACCAGCCGCCUCCCUGCGCAUGUGCACAGCGGGGCCGUCACGUUGAACAGCUCGGUCCAAUGAGCACCAGCUCUCCAAACACAGAUUUGUAAGAUGGCGACCGCCGAACCGGAGACCAGCCCAAGUCCAACCCAGCGUGACGAAGAUGCAGCUGAGGAGACUGGACAGGAGAUAGUGAGCCCAGAGGCCUAUAUCAAACACCCGCUCCAGAACAGAUGGUCUCUCUGGUUCUUCAAGAAUGACAAGAGCAAAACAUGGCAGGCCAACCUGCGACUCAUCUCUAAAUUUGACACAGUUGAAGAUUUCUGGGCCCUCUACAACCAUAUUCAGUUGUCAAGCAACCUCAUGUCAGGCUGUGAUUACUCUCUUUUUAAGGAUGGCAUCGAGCCCAUGUGGGAGGAUGAAAGAAAUAAGCGUGGUGGACGCUGGCUGAUCACACUUAACAAGCAACAGAGAAGAUUAGACCUGGACCGCUUCUGGCUGGAAACGCUCUUGUGCUUAGUCGGAGAGGCCUUUGACGACUACAGCGAUGAGGUGUGUGGAGCUGUGGUCAACAUCCGCACAAAAGGAGAUAAAAUAGCGGUGUGGACAUCAGACUAUGAGAAUCGGGAAGCUGUAACGCACAUAGGGAGAGUUUACAAGGAGCGCCUGGGGAUCCCCAUGAAGAUGACUAUUGGCUACCAGUCUCAUGCAGACACAGCCACCAAAAGCGGCUCAACCACCAAGAACAAAUUUGUUGUCUGAGAAAUGCCCCACGUGCCUUCGUCAGUUUUCUGGUCUCUAUAUUUUCUCGGUGCAUAUGUUUACUUUGCUGCAGAGACUGUGCGUUAUGCAAUCUGGAAAGAACCCAUUUCAAGACUACAUACCAAAAAAUGGCCAUAACCUGCCUGAGACUUAAACCACAAGGAAAAUCCACCGGAAAAUGGAUGACCAUACAUCUUCCAAAACACUAAUGAUGACAGGUAUUAAUAAUAGCAGAGGAGGUAAAGUGUGCCACGUGCUCUUAUAAAGAAAUUAUGUUGAUUUUUUUUUUUUUUUUUUUAAUGGCAGGGAAUAUUGAAAUGCAAAAAAUGUAUAUUUCUCACCCCUUUUCUACAGCAUGAUUGGUUUGCUGUAAUCCUUAAUGAUAUUAAACCCUUUUAAUUUAUUGUAUCAAUUUGCCUGCAUAUUAUUAGAUUUUUAGACUUUUGUUUUAUGCUUAUUUGCCUUGAAACAUUGCACGUAAUCAACUUUUUCAGAGCCUUUCAUGACUCAGAUAUUCAUUUGAGUGUUAAUAUAAUUAAAAAAAAUGGUUUUGCAAUUCAGUUGUAGCUGUUAUAGUGUGGAAUACUUUUUUUGCAGCCUGUAAUUUGUACAUUCCUGUGUCAGAAAUGAUUCAAUAUUUCACUUGCAAUGAUAGUUUACUGCAGGGUAUCAAUUUAGUAGUGACUGCAUUUUAUCUGCAUUGCAAUGGAAAGGAACACAAAUGAGGAAAUCUCCAAAUAAACUUUUUGUGACUUGA